AUGACUACCCAACCCGGCAUGAUCCAUGAGCCCGCGACCGGCGACGGCUGGCAUGGCGUCAUCCCCAGCAAGCAAUUCCCCGCCGAGAAAGGCCGCUAUCAUCUCUACAUCGGGCUUUUCUGUCCAUUCGCGCACCGUGUCAAUCUCAUUCGACAUCUCAAGGGUCUGACUGAUUUCAUUGAUAUCAGCGUCGUAAAGCCUUAUCCGAAAGGCGACGAGAAGGGCUGGCCGGGAUGGCGGUUCCCGAACUCCGACGACGAGUACCCCGGUGCGACAGUCGAUCACCUCUUCGGAGAAGAUUAUUUGCACAAAAUUUAUUUCCGCGCAGACCCCGAAUACUCAGGUCGGUACUCGGUCCCGUUGCUGUGGGAUAAGAAGACCGAGACAGCCGUCUGCAAUGAAAGUGCCGAGCUACUUCGCUGGCUUCCUACGGCCUUCAAUGACCUAUUGCCUCCCUCGCUCGCUGCAAUUGAUCUCUACCCCGACGACCUUCGGGCUAAGAUUGACGCGAUCACUCCAUGGGUGCAAUCGGACGUCAACUUCGGCGUCUACAAAGCAGGGUUUGCGCCAUCGCAAGAAGUGUACGAUCAACAUGUCAUUCGUGUCUUCGGGGCCCUUAACAAACUCGAGCGCAUUAUUGCACAGCAUGGUGGUCCCUUUGUGCUGGGGUCAACGAUGACAGAACUCGAUGUUCGUCUCUAUGUAACCUUGAUUCGCUUUGACACGGUCUAUGUUCAGCAUUUCAAGUGCAAUCUGGGCACCAUCCGACAUGAUUAUCCUGUCCUCAAUAAUUGGUUGAAGGGGAUGUAUUGGGAUGUGGACGCAGCGAGGGCAUCGACGGAUUUCCGACAUAUCAAGGAGAAUUACACGAAGAGCCACUACGAUAUAAACCCCAAGGCCAUCACUCCCAUGGGGCCUUUCCCGGACGUGGAAGAAGGUGUCCAGAGAGAUUGGACUCAGUUGACAGUCGAGGGUGUGAAGCAUCCGGCUGUGUUAGAAUACGAGUCUACAAUGCUUGGUGCAUAA